AUGGCACCAGCCCAUUGCCCAUCGUGUGGAAAACAAUUCAGGGACCAUACCUCUGUCGCUCGCCAUAUGAGCCAACCUCGGUCUGGAUGCAACAACUGGCUAGAUGAUUUAAUUCGACUGAACUCCACCUUGCCGCUCACUGGACAUGAUCCCAUGGUGGUGGACAAUGUCAGCAACACUCAUGAACAAGGAGAGCCUGAGGAUGAGAGUUACUACGAUUUUGGGAGCCAAGGAGAGGAUUUGGACUCUGGAGGCGGAACGAGGAACGAGGACAGUGAGGCCAAAGUAACCGAUCACUUUCCGGAGCCCCCACUAGCUUUUGACGAGGGCUACACGUUUUUGCGCCUAUUCGAUGCUGACGAAAACAGCAUCUAUCGUAAAACGAAUCUUUACUAUCCGUUCAGUGGUCGAAGGGAAUGGCAACUAGCUGCAUGGAUUCUGCGUUCCGGCUUGAGUAUGGAGAAAAUCAAUUCUCUCCUUGCGCUAGAGAUGAUUGGUGAUCUACCUUUAUCCUUCCACUCAGCAAGAGAGCUACGAGGUCGAGCUGAAUCGCUGCCUAGCGGUCCACGUUGGAAGUCGCAAGUUAUUCCAACAUCACAUCCCACAAAGUCUCCGGCUGUUCUCUACUGGCGGGAUCCACUUGAAUGUAUCGCCACCAUAUUCAAUCAUCCUUUAUUCCAUAAUCGCAUCGACUAUGCGCCUCGCAAGGUUUACAGCACAGCGCAGAAGCUCUCUCGGAUAUAUACUGAAUGGAUGACAGGUGGUCAUGCCUGGGAGAUGCAGUCUGCGCUUCCCCAUGGCGCAACUCUCCUCGGUACUAUUAUAUCCUCAGACAAGACGUGCAUUACUGCAUUGUCAGGCGAUCGUGUUGCACAUCCUCUCCUUAUCAGCCUCACCAACAUCCACAUGGCCACGUGGCUCAAAUCAUCCUCCAAUGCUUUCCUUCUCACCGCCCUACUGCCGGUCGCAAAAUUCAUUCACAAGAACAAACAAAUGCAAGGCAUGUUACAGGAUCGGCUCAUUCAUCACUGCUUGAACAUCGUACUACAACCGCUGAAGUUGGCUGCUCAAAGCGGCGUAAUGCUGUCAGAUCCCAUCAGUCGCAGUCGUUACUGCUUUACUACUCUCGAGCAACUGGAAAUCGUACGUUCAUGCGCUCAUCCAGAUGAUCUCGAGGAGUUUUUCCGUGAAGCGCAGAAGUUUCGCCUAAAUGGCGUGGAUAAACCAUUCUGGUGGGACUGGCUGCUAGCGGAACCCUCCCGGUUUUUUACGCCUGAAUCACUGCACCAUAUUCACAAGAAGUUUUGGGACCAUGAUGCGCAGUGGAUUAUCCUCGCAGUGGGAGGGUCCGAGAUAGAUUUCCGAUUUUCGAUCAUACAGCCCACUACUGGUUAUCGGCACUUUUACUCAGGCAUCUCAAAACUCAAGCAGGUUACGGGUCGUUGUCACCGAGACGUGCAGCGAUCAAUCAUCGCAGUCAGUGCGGAUGCAGCACCUCCUGGUGUUAUUGUUGCUGUACGCGCGCUCAUGCACUUCAAUUAUCUUGUGCAGUCACCGUGCAUUGAUGACAAGGAUCUCGGUCACAUUGCAGCCGCACUAGACGAGUUCCAUGCGAACAAACAAUCGAUCAUCGCUGCUGGUGUCCACCAAGGAAAAGGCGGUAAAACCAUCGACAACUGGCAGAUUCCCAAACUCGAGCUAAUGCAGAGUAUCGUCACCAGUAUCCGCAACUCCGGUGUCAUAGCACAGUGGUCUGCAGAUGUCACCGAGCACACACACAUCACCGAGUGCAAUCGAUUUGACCUCGCUACUAGCCUGUUAGAUCGCUGCGACGACCCGGGAGUUGUUGGGGAGGAAAGUGCUGAGGAGGAUGACGAGCUUGAUGAUGACGCAAACGGCUUUCCUGCAGAGCUACUCUCCUCAAGUCGAAGUCCCGGACAACCUCGUCCUAUCACAGAUUACUUUUCAAUCGCGAAAAUACUCCAAGCAAAGAAAGUUGGAUUGGUACCAUUCCCACUUCGUUCUUUUGUCGUCGGGCGCACUGUGCUUAAUCUUGCUUACCAUCCAUCUAUCAAGCAUGCUACUGUCGAUGAAAUCGCCAUUAUGUUCGGCCUACCUGACUUGCGACCGGCUAUCGCCGAUUUUCUUCACCGUGAGGCGACCUAUGGCAAUCAUAUCCACUCCAUAGGUGGUCCUAGAAGGGCUGCGCAUGGCGCUGAGCUACCAUUUGACAAAGUUCAAGUGUGGUUCAAAAUUCGUUUGCAGGAGACCGAGUUUCACAAUCCCCAUAACAUUCGACGCGCUCAAACGCUUAAUUGCGCACCACCUAGUGACCCUUGGACCUUAGGUCGUUACGAUCCAGUCAUUAUUCAGACCAGCUCUGGUCAUUCCUGGCCUGCCAGCAGCCUUUCAGGGCACUCCAUUGCGCAAAUCAGGCUUGUCAUUCGGCCUCUUGGCAGAAGCGGGACACGAUGGGCUUGGGACGAUCAAUACUUAACUUACGUCCAACGGUUCGAUAUCUCCAGCGAACGCGAUCCAACCACUCAGUUGCAUACACUGAAAAGAGCGAAGCGCUCUAAUGGUACACGGAUGGGCGACAUCAUUCCAGUCUCUCAGCUUCGAGCGCCAGUCCAUCUUGUUCCACGUUUUGGUGCUACUGCAGACACGCGUCUCCCGGCAUAUAAUAGCAUGGAGCACGCGAGGGAGUUUUGGUUGAACUACUUUUGGGACAAGCAUUCAUUUUUUGCAUUAUCCGAGUAGACUAAAACAUACAACAUGUACUUGGGAUUCCGUUGUAGAAUGUGACAUUUUUUUCUGAGGUACGAAAAUAAAGUUGGCCGCAGCGUCGUUGAUGUCGGCUCCCCUUAUCAGUGACAUGCCUGCGCUGGACAAACUCAUCGAUCUCGAGCUUAAUCAGUUACUAUCUUAGAAGAAGC